AUGGCCACGCAAUCGAGUCCAAGACCAAGGAGACUACAGCAAAGGUCGCUGUACCUGUACGGACUUAUACUGGGCGCCAUCGGCCAUGUCCUCGAGGGCACUGCCGUCAAUCCUGCCACGACGUCGGAUAUUCGUGGUCGUCAGUCGAGUCGUGCCACUGCUCUGAUGCCCGACUGGAUGCUGCCGGUUGACGUGGCCGUGCAUCCACUGCUGUGUCAGUGCGUGUCAGUGAAGUGGCAGCCAAGGUGA